GAGUAGCCGCAAAACGACUGAUCAUAUUGCUUUCAGUAUACUUGAAUUCAGGCAAUUCUUCUGCUGCUUCUGAUACCUUCUUGAACUGUUGCCACAACUGGCUUCUCAUUCUUCUUCCCCCAUCAGAUCCUCUUCCCUGAUGGAAGUGUUGCCGAGACCGACACGGUGCGUGCAGCAUUCUGCUUCUGCGAGGAUCCCCCGAAGUUUGCCGAACUCUCGUACGCCUCGUUUGAGUCGUAUACAGCUCACUCAGUGGCAGCUCCUCCUCCUCCUGCUCCGCCCGCAGCCAAUUCGGAAGGCAGUCAUCCACCAGCUCAGCGCAGAACCUCUAGGAAACAGUCCAAUUCGCAGGCGAGGCCUCAGCUGCUCUCUCGACAAGCAAAGGGUACCACAUCUGGCACGCUUUCUAACGAAACCAAUCUUAAUAUACUGUCCUGGCUGACUAGCGAAGUAAAAAUAGUUGGCUCCGGCCCACAGACUUUAUAAUGUUCGAUCCUAAUCUUAACCAACGGCAGACAGGCCGCCGGCCGUUGAAUGCAUUCCCUUUCGGCCGCUUGCAAAGAACCAAACUAAGUGGAAAAUGACUACCUAAGUAGUAUGCGUUUUUUACUGAUCUACGACGCCUUUAUAAACACAGGUAUCCUUUGUGGUUGGAGAUCACCUUUCAGGCUUUUUUUAUCUAAAGGAAGGGCAUACUUAGGUUUUAAAAGUUUUAAAUUGUGAGAUUUUUUAGUACAGAACAAUUUUCAUUAGAAUGACAUCGCUUAUAAUUCUGCGUUAAUGUUUUUCAACAAGUAUACGACGCAAUCCAUACUCAUUGAAAAGUUUAUGGACCCAUUAUGAUAUCUUCUCAAUGGCAUAAUGAAAUUUAUGGUGUUUCCCCACACUAAAAGGAUGCAGCCUGUAGGCUGAAAACCCUACACGCAAGUGCAACGGCGAAACGGACUCAAAUUAUUUGAAAAUUCGAAAAACUUUCAAAGACGUAAAUAUAUCUCUCCCUCGAAUAAAAAAUGUCACGAAAAGCAAUCUCCUACUAAAUUAGGACCAGGAGGAAUACUUUACGCAUGUGUUCCAUAAUAUAUAUUUGAAUUUAAAAGGGCAUCGGGCAAGGGUAUGGUUUGCGGCCGAGGUUAUUUACAACGGAAAGCGACUUUUCUGAAAGAAAAUAACUGGCAAUAUGUCUUUGUACGUGCCGGAGAAAGAAAUAAAAAGACCUCGCAGUGGCUGUUGCGUAAGGGUGGUCGAGAUGCUUUAAGGUAGUCAUCGGAGUAAAAAUAUGACAAUGCAAUACCUUUUUGACAAUGCCUGCAAAGGUACAUUAAAUUCAUUUACUAUUAUCAUUAAAUGGUAAAAAUAUUGUCCACUAAUUGAUGACAAAAUGAAGAAUCAAAAUUUGUGAUACCACAACGUUCUUAGAUGUUCAGUUCUUUCGCCCAACGCAAAUGCUCGCCAGAGUAAGUACACCUGUCCAUAACCCAUGCCCUUGCGCGACAUCGAAAAUAAGUAGAAAGAACACAUACUAUUAUCAUGCCAUUUUUCCCAGAGAGCGGAUUUUGCAGGCGUCUUGAGAUUUCUGACAUAUUAUGUGAUAAUGUCGUAUGAUAAUUAACAUUGCAGCCCCAACUUCAGUAAUUCUAAUGUAAAAGGCAUUUCAGAAUUUCGGUCAAAAUUUCACGUAUAUGGAGAUUAUAGGGUUUGAAACUUGUCCGGAACUUCCCAUAUUAUGCGAAAACAUGUACAUGGAUUGAACGUCUCUUAAAAGAUGGAGAAAACUCUUUAACCGAGAGGAAAAAAGCAAAUCCGUCAGAGUCCCACUGGUUUCAUGGCAAAACGCCGUUGAAACUUGAACUUUUUCGCAAAAUAUAAUUAUUCCUUUUAUUUUUCCUUAAUUUGCGUAAGAUAUCGAAAACAUGUCAGAUUUAAGUGAACUUUGAUGGAGCGACAGUAAAUGAAGUUGGGUUUCCCGAUAAAGCUUACAAUUUACAGAAGUAUGGAAUCGCGGAUCACACGAGAUUCUGUAAUUUUAAAUACUAACCUCUUUGAAAUAACAGAGGCAGCUGAAAAUACAGUCAAGUCGAAAUGAACGUCUCAUGCAUUCACUUAAAACAAAAGGCAAAUCUUUGUCUUUUCGUAUCGAUCAUUCCGUCCCAGUCGGGCUUAGGAGAGAUUGACCACGUCCUUUGGAUAAUUCAUGUUUUUAGAAGGAUCACUUACAGAGACGAAGAAGACUGGAGUGAUCAGCGAGUCGUUUUCCAACUCCAUAUCUGGACAACCUCAGAGGAAGAAGCGUAUUCCUUAAUUAAGUUGGAUCGGUGGGGCGCAACAUUCCGACGAACGUUCUGCUUAACCACGACGACUUUCAGAAAUCUUAAAAUAAAAUUUAAUAAGUCACUUAGGAAACCUUCGACUUUUAUUCGAAAUGUCGGGAGCGCCUAGCACAGUGCUUCCUGCGACUGUGGGUGCCUUGAAUGACCACUGUUUAAGGAAAAAACCCAAUAAUUAUGUUUUUUUUGUAUCCCUCCCCUGUCGAAAUGGAUUAGACCGUUUCGCUUUCUUUAGCAUUUUCGUUUAUUGUACGUGAAGCACUUCCGUGCCUCAGAAGGAUCUGUUGCCUGAUGCCUGAUGCGCUCGCUUUUGCAUUCCUUGUCUCCGCUCCAUUCAGGCCGAUUGCAAUCAUCCUCCCUCUCGGAGGCUCUGGAUCCGCUGCAUGAAAAACUGUCGUCCAGUUGGGAGCCAAAGUCCCCUCUCUGGCUGGUGACCCUGCAAUCGGGCGAGCGAUUCUGGGCAAAACGGGUCACUGGCCACUUGCCCAGUCGAGAGAACUCGGAGGAGACGACCACUGACCAGGGUGGCAAAGACAUCCACAGCGGCCUCUUGAGUGAAUCCAGGCCCGCCGCCGCCGCCGCCGCCAGGUGGUUAGUAGCUGGCUCCACCUGCUUCCAGGUGAGACGCAUGUUUGACCCCUCCAGCGGACAGACCCUCUGCACCCGCUUCGUGGACGAUCUGCUGCGCGUGGAGAAGGGCCCCGGAGGCUGUGAGGGCGUCACGGUGCAGCAUCCGGACGGAACCCGGCAGACAACAUUCUACUACAAGAACGGUGUAUGUUUUGAUCGGCUUUUUGGUCGUAGAUGCCACACACACACGCACCCAUUACCGAUGCGGGCACGUGUCUAUGCUCUCCGAACGUAGCUUGCAGUGGCCUUCACAGCGGUGAAAAUCCUCCCUUUGCUGAGCGGACCGUGUUCCCAAAAAUCUUCAAGGCCAUCGCGUCUGUGUCACGUCGGUGGAGUUCGAUGUGUCGGGAGCCAUUAUGAUGAUUAUGCGUCAGAUUAGUUUUCCGACAAGGUCUGUAGGGGGAAUACAUGCGAGCAUAUGUGUAGUCAUUCGAACUCGAAGCGUCCCACCUUCGCUGGGUGGUUGAGACUUAGUCUAGCUAAGCCAGUGGGUCUAAAAAGACUACCUUUGUCCGCAUAAGGCUACUUUACCCCUCAGAGCGCAUAACUGCAUAAAGGCGAUCCGCUGUUUAGCAAGUAGAGAAUAUGUUAUUACAAACAGACGAAACAUUCACUAAAAACGUUUUGAGACGUUCUAAACCAGAAAGCAUUAUUUGGUUGAGAAUGUAGGACCGAUAACCCGGAAGCAUUAUACGGACUCAAUCCCUAAAUCGUAGCAUGCUGGUUUCGGGCAAGGAGGUAUCUCCAGUCAUCUGUGGACAAAAAUGAUUACUCAAAGGGCGUACAGUUUGUCUUUAUUUUCGCUGUCUACAUAAGUUCACCUCUUUAGAAUUUAAUUCCGAAAAUUCACUUUGGGUAUAUACUUAGAGAAACUUGAAUCGUCUUGAAUAAAUGUUCCAGAGGAAGUUAUUAUUUAGUUAUUUGGAAAUAUUAAAAAUAUGGGACUUAGAGAUGCUCAGUUAUAGGCAGCAAUUGUAAGUUUACUUAAUGCUUCUUACAAAGUCUGUUGCAUGGUUCAUAUCUACGAGCAUAAACAGACUAUUUUACAUUAAAAUGUAGGUCAUUUGCCCUUAAGACCUCAGAAGCAAGGGAAAAUGCAGGUGCAUAUUUUCAACAAAACCAAUGUUCUUCAAAUGUGACGAACAUUUAUUAUCAAAGCAGAAUAAGUCCAAAAAAGAGAUUUUAUAGCAUGACCACUGGCCAUUUUUUAGUAUAUUUUCACGGAAAACAUAUCUAAACGUAAAAUUUAGACUCAGUUUUAUAAUAUUUAAUAAGAUUAAGAUCGAAACCUGUGGUGAUUUAAGGAAAUACAGAUUGCUUUGCUGCUCAUUAUGUUUUUUACUUGACCGGUUGAUUAAAUUGAUGCUAGUGAGGGAAUGUGUCUAAAUUUCACGAAAUACAGCACUCGUUGAUUUUAGUGGAUUUUCAAAAAUUAAGAAUUUUGAACAUCGCAGUACACCAUCUCUGUUUUUUAAUCAAAGCUUUAAAAUACCCCGUAAAAUCAGGAAUGCUGUGUUUUUAUACAGAAGGACCCCAACUGUCCAGGAAAGACCAAAUUUGUGCGUGUUGAAUGCCCUGGAUUUCCGGCGGUCGCCAUUAACCCGGCCACGAGCGAAAUGGAAGUUUUGCUGGUUGGUGACGAGGGCACCAAAGCUCUCGCCUUUGCAGACCCUCGUGGCUACUUCGCCUACAGGGUUUGUGACUGAUUUUGGACCCUAUCUUUCCUUUUUUAUCACAGCCAUCCCCAAUUUGCGUAUUUCCUGUGCGCUAGGAGGAAGCUGAAUAUAGUGAUGUUUGAGGCAGAAGUGAGGCCGGAUGGUUCCUUUUCCGUGUGCAGUCCCAAGUUUCACACAACCUUUCAAUCGAGAGUGCGACACGGGAAUUGCAACCCCCAAAACGUUCACUUUACUAUGUCUACUUGGUUGAUUUAGGUAGCUCAAUUUACUUUCAAGAAAAUUCCCCAUUGGCCACAAGAGGAGUGAGAUCAUCGUCUUGAUGGCCGUUCUCUUUGUCUGUUGCCUGUCAAAAAGUUCUAAGAGGACUUAAGUAGGGGGGAGAGGGGGUAACAAACAUGCGAGUCCCAGGUUUUUUUGCAAAUAUGUACUCACAAUCCCUGGAACAGUAUGUGUGCUAGCCUGACUUUUCGGACUUGUGUGGGAACCCAUCAUUAGGAACUAUGAAAGAGCAACAAUGAGUGGACAGUUUUUACACUCCAACAAUGAAGGAGAGUAAGGGAGGAGGGAUAGAAGUGUCCGGGACUGGGCUGGGUCCACGCUGCCUAAAUCAAAGGGGUCUCAUGACGUGCUGACGGCGGCGUCCUUGGCUGGAAUUGGGCCAGACAGUCUAUCUACACGUGGUACAAACGACUCAAUCCAUAACUCCACACUCGCCAGGUUGUAUGAAGGGGAGUUUUGGUGCUCAUAAAAAUGUGAGUGUCAAAAAGACUACGCUUGGCAGGAGCCAUUGCAGUCUCCGCCUCAUUCAACUGGAGGAGCGAGUUAUUCCUUCGGUCGGGAACCUUCCUAGGCUUGAUUGUUAGCGUGUUUCAUUGUUUAUAGUGAUAGACUAAGCGUUAGGUGCAAUAUUUCUUCCGCUCUCUAUAUACCAGUGACUUCUCCAGUAGGCCGACUAGAGGCGAGGUCAGACGCAAUGGACCAUGUGACCUGGGGAAACCGUAUACUGCCGAUUACACACUGCCUCAGACCUCACAGAAGUAAGAAGUGUCAUAAAGAGCAGUUUAGGACUAAACUCUCUCACUCUGGCCCUCGUUCCAGAGGAUAACUGAGUCAACCUGUCGGUCAGCAUCCUUAAGAGCCACGGCCUUUAGCGCGUUGUGAUGAGUUCAGUUGUGCCGGAUGCUUUGUGGCGAAAAAGGUUAUGACUUACUGAAAACUGCCUGCUGGCCGUCUACUUUCUUCUUGAUGUCUGUGUGUCCAGAAUUUGCUGCCUGUAAGCCUCUGUGGUGGUGGUGGCGACGGCGGCGGUGGUGGUGGGGGUGGUGGUGGCGGCGGCGGCGGUGGUGGUGGUGGUGGUAGUGGUAUUCAGGCUAUGGCAAGGCGGAGGUCAUGCAUACUUGCCUCCGAGGUUUUUUGAUGGUCCGCUAAUGGCAAUUGUUCAAUGAUUUCCCAUCACUUCAAUAGGUUACGUUUAUGCCUUGUCGAUCCUCUCGGUGGGCAUCCACUAGCACUGUGCCGGACACACUCACUGCCGUAAGCAAGCAAGUAAUUUAUGCCCAAUGACUCCGGUAGUAGAUUUUCCAAGGGAUUUUAAUGCGUACUGACUAUUUUAAAGCAAACUUAUGAGGUAACUACUGGCCAACAAGUUCUGCUCAAAAGCCCCCCCCCACACUGAUGUCAUCUGGUCCAGUGGACCAUGCUACGAUAGAUGUAAAUAUUCUCAAUUGGAGGUGACCUAGAAGCUUGGGAUUCGCUUCGUCUUGCAACGAAUUACUCGAAUUCAGGGUCCGAAUGCUCUGUUUUCGGUCACGAAUUCGAUGUACCUGCCAUCGUGUGGAACAGUACAUCCCACGUAAGUUCCCUGCAAAUUUGAAACUCUUUGUACACAUCCCAUCGAAAAGUUAGAGUAGUACAUUGCCUUUGGUAGGGCAUAAAUACUGCCUUUUCGACAGAUGUGUGAUGUAUCCAAACAUCCGUCUGUUUCCUCGCAUCUUUGAGUGAAUUUCACUGAGUCUUUUUCUGGUGGUUGUUGUUAAUUUCUGAGUUUUGUACGUUUUGGAGAAAGCGUUCUUCUAAACGGCGCAAAACUCAAAUAUGAGGUGUCAAUAAAGAACGCGUUACUAAAAUGGCCACUUAGCCAUACGCUAACCCCGCACCAUCAAGAGUGGAGGCCCAAAGCUGAGUAGGGCAUUUCACAUAGACAGGAACUUUAGACUGGCAAAGUUGUGAGAUCCGGGUUGAUAAUUUGAGAAAUAAGAAGGGCUCGCAAGAACAGGUGUAUUAGAGUACUGACAUGUCACAGACCUUGGUCAGCUCACCACUGCCAAGGGAUAAAACGCCCUUAAUUGAGCAGAAAUAGAAGUGGCGUGCCGCGCCGGUCGGCCUUACGCUGAUCGAUUUUUCUCUCCUCUUGCUGCCCAGGCCUUUCGGGGGAUGUUUGGGGGGCCAUGUAGUUGCGUGCAUCGUGAGUCACCCACCUCGUCGGGUGGGGGGACGAAGUGAUAAGGCCUCUGUGGUGGAGGGGGGGGGGGUUGGUCAACCUGGAAGUUCUCUCCCUUCCUCGUCGAGUAUGUUCGCCGUCAGGCUGUCUGGGCGGUUUUCGUAAGUUCCGUGUGCGUCUUGUUCUGAGCUUUAUGGACAAAAUGACGCAGGAUUUUUUGAGCGGCGCGGAGGUCCAGAUACCUAUUGGUGUAGCUGACAUCUGAGUACCACGCCCCAGGUGUCAGUGUUCUGCCUCUGAGUUGCCUAAGUCAGAAAUAUGACCAGUUUUUCCAACGGGCGUCGCACGUUGAGUGCUUGGGUCUUGUUUCUGAGUUGUCGAUUCGUGCCCUGGCGUGUGGAUCUGCAACCUCCGCCCGGUUUCCCCGGCGUAAUUGCCAUCCCAGCAAUUGCAACUUAUUUUGCAGACAACUACUGAGGUUUCAGUGGGUGGCGGCGUGCCCUUAGGUUACAUCAAACAACGCCGAAUCUUUGUCUAGGCUCGGUAGGCCACGCAUACUCUGGGGGUUGUAACGUACAGCAGACGAACUCACUUGACGAGGCGGAAAAAGAACCGCCACAAAGACCAACCCCGACAGAGGCUCAACCACCUCCCCCGAUGGGGUGGGGGCUCACAACGCGCGCGGUUAAAAAGCCCGCCAAACAUCCCCAAAAAGCCGAGGCAACAAGGAAAGGAAAAAAAUCGAUCAACAUGUGGCUGACCGGUACGACGUACCACUUCUACUUCUGCUCUAUUAAGUGCAUUUUACGCUUUGACAAUGGUGGAUCGACCAAGCUUUCAGAAACGUCAGCACUCCAAUAACCCCGUCCCGAUGACCCCUUCUUACUUCUCGAAAGGAACUUGAUCCCCACAAAAGUGAAUGGCAGGACUACCAUACGUGGACGUCUAGACAGGACAUGAGAACAGGAACCGCCAGCAACACGGGUGGCCCUGAGCCAACUGCUGGUGAAAUCGGGAUUAAGUUUAAGGUUAGGGUUAGGUUAGGCACUAGCUUUGAGGCUAGGUCUAAAGUGAACGGUAGCGCAAGCCAGAGUCAUGCUUGGUGUUAAGGUAGAGGCUAGUGUUAACCGUAGAGGUAAGGGUUAAGGUCAAGAUUAGGGCAACGAUUCAGCUUUAUAUUAGGGUUAUUGUUGGGGUUUGGACACAGGAAUAUUUUGCCAUUUCCGGAAUUAUGCGUAAGCCCACUUUUAUUACUUGGGAGGAACGUUCCUAUUUUCGUGUCCUGUUUAGACCCUCACAUAAGUCAGUCCCGCCAAGUGAGCUUGCUUUGCUUUGGCUGUAAUCAGUUAGGCCGACACUACGUGGGUCAUCACGUGGAAGAACAAAAUUUCUGAAAAAUGCAUGGGUCAGAAAAUCACCUCCUUCCCUCGAAGCUUAUGAGCUUUGACUAACAGCUGUCACCGCUACAUGUACACACGAUAAGUCAUAAGCAAGGCCACACAGGUAUUCCUUUCAGAGCCAAACAGAUAGCUCAUGUGGCGUCUCGCGAUCAGAACUGGUCUGUGUAAUUAACGGAUAACAGGCUGUCAAUGACCUACUACGUCCGCUUGCGGGGCGACUCGUUAAACGCUCUGAUUCUGGUGGCGCAGUAAGACUCGGUCAAUAAAGAUGUCAGGAAAUACGAAGAAUUUCCAGCACAAAAGGCAAGACUAAUCAGUGAACACACAUUAACUCUACCCAUGAAUGGGAUGCAGAUCCUGUUACGUCCUAGCCGUAACGCUUAGCUGGUGGCCCGGCUUACAACUUCCCGCAAUUGAAUCCCCAAAAGAGAACUCAAUACCAAGGGGCGACGAGCACGCGUCAAUUGCUUAGAUCCAAACGGCAAAAUCUGAUGAUAAGGGGUAAGUACAGAAAUGUCCAAGGGCGACCUCCACAUGAGCCAAUCAGAUCAUGCCUUUGACCUGUUAGCAUGCGGACUGGUCUGCUGACUUAUCUGAGUGGCUGCGGCCCCCCCCCAAACCUGCCGGUGGCUGGAGCGAUCUCAACACGCUCAAGCCGUGUGGGUGGGUCGACAGGACAGCAUGUGCGCGCGUCGUGAUUGAGUCGGUUGGGACGGCCUCCCUCAACAGAGCCGACAAUCCUCGAGAGCCUCUCAGCAGACCGCGGAAGCAUAGGGUGGCAGGGAAUUUGGCGACAGGAAUUCCUACUGAUUACACGGGACUGAGGGUCUCCCCCUCCGGAAUACAGGUGGCCUUGAGCUAAAUUUCAGGAAUGAGUACCGAUUCCCAUAUGCCAACCCUAGACCUAGCACUAAUCUUGACCCAAACCGCAACCUUGACCUUAACCAAAACCUUAACCCGCUCGGACUUUGGAAUAAUUAUCCCUUCGCACUGCAGGUGGGCUAACGCUAAAUUAUAGUUGGCUCCUACUCCUGUGUCCAAACGUUGACCUCAACCCGAACACUAACCCCAAUGACCCCGACUGUAUUCCGAACCCUCCUAACCUCAACCCCAGGCCCAACACUAUCUCCAACACUAACCUCAACCCUAAUCUUCCUGGGAGGUAGCGCAAGACCAUCUGUAUUACCGGGGGGAUUCGCAUUACCUUGUUCUACCGCAGCCCAAUAUGUGCAGACAACCAAUGGACGUUCUGAUUCAGUAGUACACGAGGUCAAUUAAAGAAUGUCUUUCAGCCGUGAGAAUAAAAUAACUUUUAGACUCCUGUAAGCAUAAUGCAAAUGACGACGUCUGGAGGUUCCAGAAUUUGCAAGAAAUACGCUUGACAAUAUUGCAGAAGUCCUAGCCGUCCUCGUAAACGUUGGAUAGGUAGGCGCACUCUAAAUUGGGUUGUAUUCGCCUGCUUACUUGCGUGUUUUGCGCUAGUGUUGAAUUAAUGGUUACCUUUAAUACUUAGAAAAAUACAUUCUUUCAUCUUUUUCCAGCACGACGCUUGCUGUCUGUCGAUCUUUAUUAUGACAAACCCUUCGUGAAUGGAUGGCCACGCCGCUGGACCUGGAAACUUGUUUCAUAUCUGGGAUAUAGAUGACGGCAACCGGAUUGAUAAACUUUAAAUAUGAGACAUUUUAACAAUCGGAGAGUAGAGCAAAUAUUUAGAAUCUCCAUCUACGUUUUUCUACCAAUGCUACAUUCCCUUCAUGUAGAUAAGGAACGUUUAGUGGGUAGUUAGUUGUCUAACAUUGUCAUGUGUAUUCGACUUUAGGACGUUUUCGUCCUAGCCUCUGUUUAGGAUAAUUCGUUCGUUCCAUCCAAGACUGUCCCAAGUAUGGUGAAUGAGAGCUUGUCGGUCAGGUCGCAGAACUUGCUUGCUCCGAUUCGUCAAUCUGGAGCCUUCGCAGACACUCCCACAGCGACUGAUAGCAUAUGCAGAUAAGGGGUGACCGGCAAGGAUAGUUGGGACCGGUGCUGCCAUCUCUGGCUUAUUGGCCAUCGUCAGCCAACCUCACCCAGACAUAGGUCUUGACACGCUCCUGAAGUUAUCGAGUGUUAGUAAGUCCAACGCUCACAUCACUGAACCGCUAGCUCUUUGUCGUGCGGUUAUGAUUGGGGAUUGUAACUAUGGUAACUGGACGCUUACCAAUCAGGUUACGGGCCAUUAUGCCCUUGUCCCUACCGGUAGCCUCUUAUCUGCACAUACUACUAGUCGCUGUGAGACUGUCUUCGACGGUGCAUGAUUAAGCUUCAUGGCACAGCUGAACGAGCAGGUCUCGUAACCUGAUCGGUGAGUGCCCACCUCCCUUAGCUAAUAUUCCCGAUCACAGCCGAAAGUAUAAGGGUUCCUGGCUCAGUUGGUAGAAUGUUGGACUUUAUAACACGCGAUCACCAAGGAGUGCGGGUUCGAACCUAGGGCACUUCAAAACCUGGAUUUCGGUAAGGCUGGUUGAUGAAAACUUAUAUGCCAGAAACAGCCAUUCCAGUUUAUUCUGUCCUUCUCAUUAGCUCUUAAACUUUCUCUGGAAGGAUGUUAAAAGAACCUAGAUGAAGUGCAUCCAAGUAUCGAAGUGUAGCUUUCAAGGAUACGGACGUUAAAUUCACUAUGUUUCCAAUCCCCUAGUGUGGAGAGAAGAGUGAAAUGCAGUUCCAUCACAACGGAAGCGUUGUAUUCAUGACGCAUGGAGCCGCCGCAGAAGAACACAUUUCCACUUACGUAUUCUCGUUUGACAAGGCGGAAAAUCUGCUCGAAGUGACUGAUUCGGAGAACAACGCGUUCUCUGUUGACAGUUUGGGCAACUGUAAUGUCCUCCUCGAUGGUAGGUAUAACUCAUUUGCACUGCGUAAUCAAACAAUUUAUACGAAGUACGGUACCUGGCCGACCUCAUUAAAUGUUAACCGAGAUUCCGGAAUACAUUUUUGAUUCGAAAGAAGUAUCUAGGUACGGCUGUAAUAUUGAUUAUCGUGCUGACUAAUCCCUCGAUAUUUCAAUUACACCAGGAUGCCAGUUUUUGAUUAAACUGCUUCCCUGCGGUCUGCAAAACUCAUUUCGGUUGAAGGUGACCACUUCAGUAGUAUGCGUUUUCCCCUCGAUUUUCUAUGUCAUUAUAAUCUGAGAUAUGUUUUAUAGAAAACAUGCAGAAAAAUACCCCUUCCUGUACUCAUUUGGCACCAAAUCGUGUCUUAUCUAAAUGUAAUACUUCAAGAAAAGGUAUCUUUUGGCUUCAAAAUAGUUUCGAAUUGGACAGUUUUUGAAGGCGUGAAAUGUCCUUCUAAGUGGCAUCGUAUCUGUCCGUUUACUAGUACCCCCUAUAAAGCAUGUCACAUAGUCCACACUUAUUGAAAAGAGUUUGUGAGAGUUAUGAAAUAUCCUCUUAACAGCAGCGACGAAUAUAUAAUCCGCGUCACAUGGAGACUAUGCAGCACGAAGUUUGAAAACCCUAUUCACAUGUGCAACAUAAAAGUUGGGUUCAAAAGUAUUCUGAAAUUAAAGACCAUUUUCAAACCCAAAAGCUGUCUUUUCUACGAUUAUGAAAAUACCGUCAAUUCUCGAACACUUUUCAACCCAAAUUGCACUCCCACCUGGGCUUAGCAUUGUGUAUCAUACAAUUCUGUAUUUUAUUGUGAGGGAAUGCCAUACUAACCGCACAGGUACUACUCAAAAGCCUAUACAUGCGUGUUUCGCCGAUAUUCUGCCUCUGCAAGGGGUUCGGCUCAUGAGUGGGUCCCCCAGUAUUCCCCGUCUGCUUUCUGGUUGAUAUUCCAAUUUCGAAACUGUUUCUUUUUAAUCUCCUUAGAGAGUAA